AUGGCACCCAUUGCUGUUGAACAGCCUGCGCCCGUGCAGUCAGCCUUCCACGAGAAGACACCUGCCCCCACGCAUCCAGGCCUCCUCCAGGUGAACCGCAGCGCCCAAGAAUUCGGCAGCAGUGCCUCCUCCCUCGUCGACCUCCCCGCGGGCGCCGUCUUCGCAAAGAUCACCACAGCCACCCCCGCAAAAAAAGCCUAUACAUCCGUGCAAACCGGACCAGACUCGCACAUCGAGCUCAACUCGGACCUGGUCUUCUGCAAUCACUCGUGCGCGCCCACCUUGAACUUUGACAUGCACAACAUGGAGGUCCGAGUGGUUGACAAUCGGCCAUUGAAGGCCGGAGACGAUCUCACUUUCUUCUAUCCGAGCUCGGAAUGGGAUAUGGAUCAGUCGUUUGACUGUAACUGCGGGGCGAAAGAGUGCAGAGGACGCAUUUCGGGGGCGAAGAAUAUGACGUCGGAGGCAUUGGAGGGGUACUGGUUGAACCCGCACAUCGAGGCAUUGCUGAAAGAGCAGCGGUGA